AUGAAAGUUUUCUUGACUGCUCUCGUUCUUGGAUUUGCUUUCGGUGGAUUUGCCCAAAAGUUGGUUUUUCUUUUUUUUUUAAUAAAUUUUUUUUCAAAAUAAUAUAAUUUUUAGAUUCACCUACACUCAAGGUGUCAAACUUUUUCCAAGCAAUGGAACAGGCGUCAUUCAAGAAGAAGUGACCUACUCACCAAAAGAGCAUUUUUUCAAGAUUCUGGGCAAAACAAGCCCAUCGGGAGGAAAACUGACCAAAAAUGAGCAUAAGAAAGCAAUGUUGACUGAGGAUGAUCGUUUGUGCAUUGAUUUUGUCGCCUGGUAUCAAGAACUUCCAAGAGAUGUUGUGUAAGUUGUUUCAGAACUGUUAGAUCUGCAAUAUUUUAUGAUAAUGUUUUUCAGCGGGACAAUUCCAACCAGUGAAAAGGUGAUCAACGCUGGAAUUCUCAACAAGCCAUAUAAACUUCCAACAAUCUUCGAAAGUCUUGAAAAAAUCCGGAACAUCAAACCAAGAUAUUACAAAUGGUCAUUGAUCGAAUUGUUGGAUGAUGGUCUCGUCAAAAAUCAUUAUUUCGAAUGUCUCACUGAUCUCAAAUACAUCUUGUUCAUCAAAAACGAAAGACUUCAAUAA